AUGUGCUCCCCCGUGGGUACCUACCAGUCAUGGCUAUCCCCAAAUCACGGCUACCACCCGACAUAUAAGACUCUGGCGAACCUCGAGGACGCGUCGCUAUACGCGGACUGCACUCUGAACCUGCAUUUCGUCCUUCCUCCAACAAUAUUCGCCGACCGAUACGAGCUUCAGAACUAUGCGCCGCGGCUGCAGUUUGCGUACCGUGGCCCCUCGAAUUUGGAGCUCCCCGUCUUCGCAUUGGACUCCGAGGAAGGGCCUGAGCUUCUUGUCAGUGUCGCAUUGAAUGGGGAAGGGAAGGAGGGACCGAUCGAGGUGAACGUACCACUACACCUUCGCUACGGGCUUGUAGCUGGGCCUGAUGCGCACACGACCCACGAAGACGUCCUGCUCCCCUAUCCCAGUGCAUUCCUGGCUUGUCCCAAGGCUCAAGGUCCGUUACCUUAAUCCCUGGAGCCCCAGUACGACGUGCUAAGCUACACGUAGGGCAUGUCGAAGAGAGCACUUCAGCUCAAGCUAUCAAAUUACGAUCAUAUCC